CGAGACCGCUCUGCCCUCGCGAGCUCCACCUCUGUGGCCGUCCGCGCCCCGCCCUCCGCCGCUGGAGAGGAGGAGCUGCUGCCAUCACUGCUGCCUCGGGCGCAGAUAAAGAAACUGAGGCAGAGUUUAAAUUAACCUGCCCAAGUCCAGACAGUUGGCAGAGUAAGUGGGAUCGGAGACGCCCAAGACUUCACACCAGCAUCCCUUUACCUUCCAAAGGAGUGCCCAUUCACCACAGACGAUGUCGUACGUCUUUGUGAAUGACUCUUCGCAGACUAACGUGCCCUUGCUUCAGGCUUGCAUCGAUGGAGACUUCACCUAUUCCAAGAGGCUUUUGGAAAGCGGCUUUGACCCAAAUAUCCGAGACAGCAGAGGUAGAACAGGCCUCCACCUGGCCGCCGCCCGAGGGAAUGUGGACAUCUGCCAGCUGCUGCAUAAGUUUGGUGCUGACCCUCUGGCCACGGAUUAUCAGGGGAACACAGCCCUCCACCUGUGUGGCCAUGUGGACACCAUCCAGUUCUUAGUUUCCAACGGACUCAAAAUUGAUAUUUGCAAUCAUCAAGGUGCUACCCCUUUAGUUCUGGCAAAGCGCCGGGGCGUGAAUAAAGAUGUCAUCCGACUGCUGGAGUCUUUGGAAGAACAGGAAGUAAAAGGAUUUAACAGAGGCGCACACUCGAAGCUGGAGACCAUGCAGACAGCAGAGAGUGAAAGUGCCAUGGAAAGCCAUUCUCUGCUCAACCCCAACCUCCAGCAAGGCGAAGGAGUCCUGUCCAGCUUCCGGACCACGUGGCAGGAGUUUGUGGAGGACCUGGGUUUCUGGAGGGUCCUGCUCUUGAUCUUGGUCAUUGCCUUGCUGUCUCUGGGCAUUGCCUACUACGUGAGUGGGGUGCUGCCCUUUGUGGAUAACCAGCCUGAGCUGGUGCACUGAGGGCUCUUGGAGAUGAGGCAAGGAGGCUGUCAGGGUGGCUGUUCAGUUUUUAGACUGUUUCUUAGUGCAAGGCAGUGAGGCCUGUCUGUUAGGAUUUUUAUUUACCGUGAUCCUUACAGAAGAAUGAUGUGUUCCACUGAACUUCGUCCUGUAGUUGGUUAUGCUGCAUCCUCAUGCUACCCUUUGACACAGGCUGUGUCUAGGGAAGACAUCCCCAGGCUUGUGUGGUUCAAGUGUGGUGGCAACCAGGCAGACACUCAAGGCAGAGGCUCUGGAGGCCUCACAGUGGGUACCCGACCUUUAUGGAGGAACAGUGGCCAUCAGAAAACACAUUGCUUUUUCUAGGGUUCCAUUUGCCAGUGGCUUUGUUUUCUCUCUUGUUUGUUCCUUUUGCAAUAAUUGUGUUCUGUUUUUAUUUACUUUCCUGGCAAGAGGAGGGAGUGAAAACUUUCAACUUGAAUUUUAAUUUCUUUUACAAUCUGUAUGACAAAUUGGAACUGUUAGGAACUUUGACUUUAAAGGAUGUAGUGAGACAGUAGGCAGGUUCAGAACAUUAGCAGUCUUCUCUUUAAUGUGGGUUGAGUUGAUCAGGGUUUAGUUUCCACAGAGCAAUUUUGAUUCAUUUUAAACUGAUUGUUUGCAGUGUCUGAAAAUCAGCUUUUUAUGGAGUUGAGCUCACUCUUCCCUCUCCUCCCAUUUUUACUUUGGAGAUGUCCCAUUCAGAAGAACAGCAGGACACUCUUUGUAGUGAAUAGUCAUUAGAGAGUCCCCCCCUCACUGUCACCACACUCGGGAGUCCACCAGCCAGCUGUGCCAUGAGGUUUACCAUGGUUAACCCUCGGUCUGAACGAACAGGUUCAGGUCAGCAGGCGUCCAGCCAUGGAGUGGGGAGUAUUUCUGAGUAGAGAGUCCUGGACAGUACUGUGCUGCUGCUAUGAUGUCUGCCCCUGAAAGCAGGGCAUUCACAUGAUGGAUAGGAAUCUGGACCCUAAACUACAUUGCAGCUUGUCAGCCUCUCUGAAAGCCCUCUUUGGUUCUGUGGUAUAGAGAUCACAUUUCUUAUAAUAUUGCAGAGCAUGGAGGUUUAAUAAUUGAGUAAAAUCUGAAACUUGCACUAAAAGGCUUUCUUUUCUAUAGCAAAGGCACCCUUGGCCAAGUGUCUGGGUAGAGUGGCCCUUCUGCGAGCCUCUUGCUCACUGGCAUCUUCUCUGCUUUCAGAUAUGCAGUGCCGACACUUUUCUUUCAGGUGGCUUUAUCCUGUCUGAAGGAACUGUUUUACAGCUUUGCACUGGCUGCUUCAGCAUCAGCUUGCAUAGCUUGCUUUUAACUAAUCAUGUUUGGUAGAUGCAGGCUUUUGCUUUUGCAUGGAGAACACUAGAAUUCAAGUUCAAAGCAUGUUCAGAACAAGUGCUUUGGAAUUGGUUUCCCCUCCGUAAGUCAGAAUAUAGUAGUAUGUAAAUAUUUUGUCUUUAUGAUCCCUGCUUCCUGUCUAGCGCUGGUUUCUGUGCAUGUUGUGUUCCACAUUAUUCAUUUAAAUGCUUCCAAUAAAUGCAUUUAUAAACCCUUC